AUGUAACUCCUUAAGAGGACAUGUUGCACCUCUUACAAUGCAAACUUUUUAUAGUGUUAAAGCUUUGAUUUUCUUUUUAGCCAUCGUAAAGUACAAACAAUUGCUUUUUGCCCUGUCUUAAUUCUGCCAGACCCUCAAUAACUUGCCAGAUUCAUUGAGACAGAAACUUUUCAGGGAUGCUAUAAGAAAUUGUGUCUGUUGGGUAAAGCAUAGAAUUGGCUACUGGCCUGCUCAGAAGCCGCGUUUAGAUAUUUCAAAAGCUAAUUAAGAUUUUGUACCAUGUGUGCAUUGAGAGCUCUCUGCCACUAUAUCUGGCAUGAUAAAACUUCUGAACACUGCAUUAUUUUUUUGUACAAAGAGUACAUAUAUGUACGCUGUUAUUUCUUAUCGGAUGUCAUCACGGAGGCCUGGCACUGCAUGACCUUGACUGGCCCUGAAUUUGAAGAUGUGGAGUUCCUACUGUUGAGGGUCAGCUUGGCGUUUAAUCUUGUCCAUUUUGAGGGUUCAGGUGUAGGACUUGUCUCCAUUUGUAACCCUUUGCGGGCUGUGGAUGAAGGCUACGCUGUACUGUCUGAACUCCACUGCAUCGGCGAGGUACUCUGGGUGGCACUAUGAAGGCUGAGUCCCAAGAAGACCGAGGAAUCACAUUACCUCCCGAGCCCAGAAUGCCCUCUCACCCACUGCAGCUUGAAAUAAACAAGAGGAACAUGGCUACUACUAGAGUUCAUAGCUUCUCACCUACUGCCGCUUGGAAGAAGGACCGACUUGCAACCACACUAGGAUUGUUUCAGAACCAACCGGAAAACCUCAGUUAAUCGUCUGGGGUUAUAUAGUAUAGUACGUUUUGAUUGGUUUAGUUGGGCUUUAAGCUCUAUUUUCUGUUCUAGAUGUCCGUCUAUAUGAUCAAGAAACGAUCUGUAAUUCUGAGAGGUCAAUUCCUGUCGUUUUCAAUUGUAUUUGGACAUUGUAUUUAAAUAGUUGCAUGUUAUGCAGUAUUUUAAGGUGGAUGAUAUUGGGACACGUUGGUGUAAAAGUUACUGGGAAAAUUAUAACUGUCCCACCCACCAAUAUUGCCUUUUUGAGCCCUACUGUUCAAUCUACGGCCCAUCUAUUUAGAUUGAAUCUUUAUGACUUUGUUAGUUAUCGUAGUUUCGUUGUGAUCAGUUUUAACCACUUCAAAGAUGAACACCUUUAAACCGUUUAUAAUUCUAUUGUGUCAGUGGAUUCGCUCAAUAGUACAACAUAUCUUAGUGAGGGUUUGGAAAGCUUUCCCAGCGGGAGUCCAUAUUUUGACGACUCCACCAGAAUGCACGGGCCUGGAGUCUCCCGAAACACCGUCGGAAGAGUGGAGGACCAGUGAGGUGUUGCGAACAUAUCACUCCGGAGGUGAAAGUGCAACCGUAGUGACGGUUCAAACGGAAACACAUGCCUUCCAUGUGGAUCUGGAAAGGCUUUCAAAGUGCAGUGAGUAUUUCCGGGGGCUGUCCCAGUCCAGAAUGAGGGAGUUGUCUGAGGGUCUGAUCCGCCUGGGUCAUGUGCCUUCCUCCAUCUUCCACAACCUCCUCGAGUUCUCCUUCCAUCAGCGGUUCACGGUGCCAAAGGAGGAGCUGGCGGAUACCAUCCAGGUAUCCAGCUACCUCCUGGCUGAUUCCUUCCUCUCAGAGUGUCUGGCGGUCCUCGCCGAAGUGCUCACACCAGAGAACUGCCUGCCCUAUCUCGGACUGGCCGAGGACAUCAGCUGCGCCAAGCUGAGGACGACGGUGUUCACCUACCUGAGCAGAAACCUUCUGGAGCAGUCACACCUGACCCGGGAUGUCAGCCCUGAGGAGAUGGAGGAGCUGAUUGGUCUGAGAGCCCAGGGGCGCCGGGGACUCUGUGUCCUCAGGAAGGAGAACAUCCUAUCCCGGGACGCCCCGGAGACCGCACGCGCCCGCCAUCUCUACAGACUGUCGGAGGACGGGGGAGCCUCGUCGUGGCAACCCAUCUCUGAGCUUCCGUUCAGCGCAGACAAAUGGUGCUACACCGCGGUGGUGCUGUUCAACUACCUGUACAUCCUGGGCGGGUACAGGCAGCCAAUCAGAAGAGGCUGGGAGUUCAAAAUGGCCUCUUUUCGAUACAAUCCUUUGUCACACACAUGGGUCGCCACGGCUCCUCUGAUCAAGUCCAUGACAGACGCUGUCUGCUGCGUCCCCCAGCGCAGGAGGCAUUUCAGCGCGGUGGCGUGUGAGGGAGGUAUCUACGCCGUGGGCGGAUGGUAUCUGGACUCCCUGGUGAGUCCGGACUCCAACACAGCCCUGUACACCGCCGUGGAGCGCUACGACCCCUGGGGCGACUCCUGGAGGUUUGUGUCUUCACUUCCUCUAUCUGGUUCCCAGUUCACAGUGUCUAUGUCCCACGACGUUCCCCUGGCAACCAGCUUAGGUCAUUGUGUCUAUGUGCUGGGCAACAUCCAGAGAACCGGAGAGAAACUACUUCUGCAGUACAACACGACAAAAGACUGCUGGUCGGAGCUUCUCCCUACCCUGACCCGAGCGGACGCCGACCUGCCCACACUCUACUUCCUGGGUGCCACGGACACCCUGAUCGUGAUUGGAGGAAACGCCGCUGAGAAUGUGGUGACAUCAUUUUGUCCACGGACACGCCGGUGGGGAGAGAUCCACGCGGCCUCCAAGGUGGCCUUGGCGGGCCAGGGGACCGUGUCAGAGGAGCACGUGCUGAUGCCAGCGACAGAGCAGCGAGCAGUAGUGCGGCUGGACCUGCAGGACCUGACCCUGAGCGCGCUGCCUCCUCUGCCUCUGACGGCUCGCUAUGAGGCCGUCUUUCACUUGUACUUUUGAUUACUCUCGAGUACUCCCUAACCUCUUCAUCCCCCCCCCCCCCCCUCCCAAGGACGUCGUAAGGCAUUUAAACAUGUAAGAAAGCAAUUAAAUGUGACACACCCCCAGAACUAUAGUCUUAUCUCAACUUUAACUUUCAGUCUAGUCUAACCAGUAUACCAUUAGCUCAAUUAAACACAAUUCCAACCCCAAGCAAAAUGAUAAGCAUGUGAAAACAAGUUGCAUGCUUUAUGUUUAGUAUUUAUGUAGGUAUGUAUUUAAUAACUGUGCAGGUGUACAAGCCCAGCAAUAGCAAUCUUUUUUAUUCCUAUAACAAUACCCAUAUCACUCAGUGACCAAAACAUGCUGAAAAGCAACAGAGCAAGUAGGUACAUCCACCGAUGAUGUCUUACCGAUGUUGUUCAACUCAUCAAAGUUUUGUUUAAUUGCAAUUCAAUCACCAUAAACUGAUAAUCCAUUGUCUGGGCACCAUUCUGAAACCUCAAAUGCUGUUUACGAUCAGUGAGUCCAGACUAUUGUCUUGUUACUUUGGAAGGUUCCUAACUGGGUGAAAUGACCCAGAAGUAUCUGAGUGGCAGCCACAAUAAGAGGUGGAUUCUCUAAAUAAUAGGGAGAUUCAAUGCUUCCUUUCUUAUUUCCUUUAGCAUCCUUUAGCAUAAGUGUAGUCGGAUUCUCUGUAGUCCAUUCCUAAAUCCUUCGCAUCUUCCCUUGACCUCCUGACGUUUUCCAUCGAGGUCAAGGAGAAGAGGUGAGGAAAGGACAAAGGAUGUUAUUAUUAAUUAUUACUACCACAGUCUUUAUUGCCAGCUAGUGGCCUCAUGUUGCACCUGCAUGGUUUGGCGGGGCGUCAUUCAAUUAUAGUCGUCCUGACCUUUCAAUAGAGGGGUCAUAUAUGUCAAAAUGGGAUUAUGCGUUGUUUAGAUACUGACCUGUUUGUUUGUAAACUAGUUUGUAUUAUCAUUUUUGAAUUGGAUUUAUUGUUUAUAUUUUAAGUUUGUUUGUCAUUGUGGGAAUUGUUUAUUUAAACAAUACCAAUAUUUAAACAAUU